AUGAAGAUGCUGAUGCUUUUUGCCGCUCUGUGCGGAUUGGCGAUGGCCACCCCUUUCGACCAGGCUGCGUACGCGCUGCAAGAAACUGCACCUAUGGGACUUGUGGACGAGUUGACAGCACUGGGAUACACCAAACUUGUUGGAUUGAUUGAGAUGUGUGUGCUCGACUUUACUGAGAGUGCAUCACGUAUACCACAUGAACUAUUUUACAGCAUUGACUCGGCGUUGACGCAUCAAACUGACGCAUCAAACCUUUUUUUGUCUCGCACAGGCCCCUUCACUAUCUUCGCCCCUAACGACGACGCCAUUGCUGUAUUAACACCUGACAUGAUGAACAACAUGACACUGCUCGUCAACAUCCUAAAGGCCCACGUGAUCGAGGGCAAAGUGAUGACGACAAUGAUCAGGGAUAAUCUGAUGGCUGGAAGCCUUUUGAAGGGAGUCCAGAUACGUAUCAAUAUGAACGUUGGAUGGCAGCGCACUUAUAUUGCUGCUAAUGGAGCACAGAUAAUUAUGUUUGACAAGGAGGCGAAAAAUGGCGUCAUACAUGGUAUGAACAGAGUCAUCUACCCAAUCCCAAUGGGAAGCCUAGUGGAUGCAAUGAAGAUGAUACCUGGCCUAAGUGCUACCAUGAAGUUGAUCGAGUUUGCUGGCAUAGAAUCCGCCCUCACAGGUGAAGGCCCAUUCACCAUCUUCGCCCCUUGUAACAAUGCCUGGAUGAAGAUUCCUUAUGCAAACGUCACGGCUUUGAUGGCAAACAAGACCGCACUUACAGAGCUCCUGACCUAUCACGUGGCUCCAGGCGCCUGGUACUCUACGGUCAUGAGGCCCGGAACUGUUAUCCCCACCCUUGAAGGGAAGAAUGUGCUGUUUAACCCAAUGACACCGGAGCAUUUAAGGGAUGUUAAACCAAUGCCAGUCUACCUGUACGUGAACGAUGCGGAAGUUAUCUUAGCCGACCAGUCGGUUGCCAACGGGGUCAUCUGGGUAUUGAACGAUGUCAUCACAAAACCUUCGUAUCUACCCAAAUAGACCUUAUCUGAAACCACCAUCAAGAAAUUACUAAAGUCUCAUCUAUUCCUUACUGAUUAAUAAAUGGAAACUGAUUUCCAGCACCCAUUUUGUUAUUCAUUUAUAUUUUACACCAUCUUAUCUGAACUUAGAAGCUUUGACGGAGGAAAAUCAUGUUCAUGUCUAGUUAUUAAAAACUCUCCGUGAGAAAG